AGAAACUGCAGCUGCGUUCAGAAAAUGGCCGACAGAUUUUCUAGGUUCAACGAAGAGCGUGAUUUCCAGGGUGGGAAUCACUUUGACCAGUAUGAAGAAGGCCAGUUGGAGCUGGAGCAGGCGUCCCUGGACAAGCCUAUCGAAUCGGUAAGGUUGCAUUCAUCGUCCCUCACCAUUGGACCAGCUGUGAGAGUGGAUAUGAUUGGUCCAGGGAGGAAUAAGAACCACACCUUUACUCCAUGCUGUGUAGAUGCAUCUAGUGUUUUCUUGAACACACUUGGCACCUAACCCGUAGAAUCACUCGUCCAUUAAUACCCUUUAAUUCACUCCCACUUCUCAUGACCCCGACCUACUUCAUUUCUUCUGUGACAUAUAAAAAAAUGAUUUAUAUUCUAGAUCUUUCUGUUAGAUGUGCAGCCCACAUAUAACCAUUAGUUUUUUUUCUUUGUAACAGUCUAAUAUUAGUCAUUGUUAGUCAUCUUAGCAGAGAUAAACCUGAGAUGGACCUAUAAGCAUGAAGUGGAUGAAGCACUGUCAUAUUGGCUGUUAUCUCAACAUUGUAGCUGCUCAACAAUAUAAAACAAAGUAAUUUGGGGGGGAAAAACAUAUUUGAAUAUUUCACAGCACUUUUAUUUGGAAAUUCUGCUAUCAGAAAUGAAGCCACAUUAGAUUUCAGUUUAAGAAAAGUUGUAUAUUUAAUAUUUUUUGCAUUAAGUAGAAAUGAUUAUUUAGCAAAACAAGGCAGUGCUUAUUCCAUGUUCUUUUUUUAAAAGAGGGUGCACAUUAGAUGGUGUGAAUGGGUACAUUUGUGUUUGACUGAGUGUUUGUUUAUGUAGUUUUUAGAAUGUACGUGUUGGUGUAUAGCAUUUGUAUUUAUAGGACAGUUAUCUUAUUGUACACAACUUGGGGUGUUCGACAUUUCUCUCCUGCAGCGAAUUGGCCCCCUAUUAGCUAAGCAGCAAUGACCCGUGAUUCGGUGUACAGUACCCUCUGUCAUUCUGUGCUGGCAUGGUGCUUGUGCAACUGGGACUGCAUUUUACGCUGAAGAGGCAUAUUGAUAAUAGCGCAGGCAGCUCUCUUUUUCUGUCUUCCUCACUUUCUCCACCCUUCUUUCUGUCUUAAGCAUUUUGGUGAGCAGGCCAAACUCAGAAGUCCUCAAAAGUACCAGGAAACUUUUUCUCAAGAUUAUUAAUGCACUUUGUGAACCAGUCAGAUAGGGUCAGCAAUCCUGGAUCUCAAGCUUACAUUUUUUUUGAUAAUACUGAUAAUACUGUUAUUGUUGAAGACAAAUUAAAAAGUUAACUUUGAAUAGCUAAAUAAAGCUAGCCAAUGUGAGCAGGUAUUUCUGCAAACUUUUAUCUUGAAUUUUUAUUUAAUAAUCAGUAGGAACUGUAGUACAAAUAUGAAACUCUACUUCCAUUUCAUUUACACACUAUCUUGUAUCUGUUUUUAGUUUAACACGUUUGUCAUAACUUUGAGCGUCAGAAUGAAACACUCUCCCAACCAAACAAAACCAGUAUUUUGUCCAUGUGGGUGGUGGAGAAGUAAGAGGACAAGUAAGAGAGAGUGGUGGCCUGCUCACCUAGCUUUACCUAGCUGUUUUGCUCCUGCGCUAUUAUUUGUGGAGGGGGGCUGAGGAGCAUGCUGCAGCACCACACAGCUCCUCACACAUCUGUGGAAAAAACAGAAGCUGAGAAGUGUCACCUUAUCACCACUAUCAGGUUUCCUGUUAUAAUUUUUUGGUGCUCUAAAACAAGACACUCUUUAGUAUCAGAUGUAAAAUGGAUUUUAAAAAAUCUGAGAUGCUUUAAUUGGUAUAGUAAACGAUAAAUAUAACUUUUUUUUUUAAGUUAGCUUAAAAAAUAGAGAGCAAUAGAAAUGAUUAGCUUUUUACUUUUAAGCUCUUAGCCCACUAAUGCAGAACCUUAGAGCUGUUCAUAAGUGCUUCAACCCAGCUUUUCAGAACCCCUCCUUUGCCAUUAUUUGUGUGUGAAUUAUAGGCAGCUAGAGAUCUGUGGUAUUUUAUUGGGAUCUUUUUUAAUUCUUGUCUUACCCCUUUUGGUCUUUGCUAUUUUUCUCCUAACACUGUUUUGCAUUGCAUGUGUUAACUUGGUAGCAUUAAGCACUAUGUGCUCUCAACACUCUGUGUUGUUGUUGUUGUUUUUUUUGUUUUUUUUUUUAACUCGGACUCAUUCCUUAUUGUCUUUUAUCUCCCCCAGUCCCUUAAAUCUAUCAUCCACCUUCCUCCCUCCUAUUUGAUCCGGUACCACAGCGAUAUGCAGUGGGCAGCCUCAGAGCCACAGAACAUGAACACUCACAGGAAGGAAACAUCUGUGAAUCCCAUAGAGAAACUAAAUUCAAGUCAAGAAGUUACUGUACAUGUUUUAAAUGCGUACAUGUAGUUACUGUGGCUCAAUAUGCUAUUUAAACCAUAGUUGUAUGAGUCAUUUUAAGUUUGUAGAGCUUAAUAUUGUUGAAAGUAUUGAACCAAAUACUUUCUCUUUUUAAAAAGACUUAUCUUCUUAAAUAUUAAACCACACACAGGAAAAGGCAUCAUUUUAAUAUUCAGUCAUUAAUUUUAGCACUACUUGAUUCACUUUUUGCGCAGGCUUUAAUGAUGUGAACAGAAGUUAUGAUUGUUGAAUGGUGUUGACUAAAAACCCAAUUCUAAUCUCAAAUGCUUAAAUGUUAAAUAAAAUAAGUGAGGGGGAAAAUUAAGAAAUGAACAAAACAGAUGAUCUAUCACAGUAUUUGCGAUAGUCUGAAGUAUGUCCCAUCUUUGAAAUUGGGGCUUCAGAAUUAUAAGGUAAGUAUGUUUUUGAAUUUUUAUAUGUAAAUUAGUUAUUUUAAUAAGACAUUUCUGUUUUGUUUUUUUGUUUUUUUUUAAAUUUCUCAACAUAUUUGAUAGUAGAAUCUUAAACUUUAUUUUUCUUGGUAAAAUAGAAGGCACCCAGGCCUUCUGUUUCACUCGCUUAGCUUGUUACUCCAAAGCAGUUGUUUUUGCUUUGUCUCACCUGUCACAUCUGACACUAUGACCAGUAUGUUCAGAUGUCUGAACUAAAGAGACUGCAAGGAGUUAAGAGGAGCAGAGCUUGCCCAAAAGCAGAUGCUCUUUGGUCUGGGCCUUUAGGAAAUGACAAAUGUGUGAUCUGUUUCUAAAGUAAAAGAUUUAUAUAUAUUUAGGCAUGAAUACAUGUAACCAGGAUUCUUGAUCCUGAAGGUGGAUGAUUGCACAUAUUUUCCCAUUAAAAACAGCAACCACUAAAUAACUACAUUCUCUGAGGUCUCUAGGUGGGGUCCCCUGCAUAUCACUUCCCUUAUCCAUAUCUUUUGCCAUGCACUGUGCCAAUGACAGCACAUUGCACACUUUUAUAAAAAAAAAGCCCUUGUAGAUUUUUUUUGUUUUAACCUUUUGUUUAUUUUUUCCUUUUCUCCUGUUUUAACAGUCAGUUGGUGGAUUUAUUGAAAUGUCUGCCUUUUCUGUUUGUAUACAGUAUAAUGUUUGUUUCAAGGCAGAGAGAGAUUUGUAUUUUUAAGACCUAGAGAAGCUAGCAGAAUUGCAGUUGAAAGCGUUUGGUCGGUUUCUUACGUUGUGUCACGUGUGACUGUUUUUUUGACAGCCCAGUAUUUUAAAGCCAGGUUCGUAUGGAAAUGCCUUCACUCCACUUGCACUGCUGUUGGACUCGCCGUCGUUGCUUUCAUCCGUCUGUCUAUUCUUUUGGUGCACUCAUCUGCUGUCCCAACACCCAGCGUACACGUCAUCUCUGGCCACCAACCUCCAUAGAGUUCAUUUUGACCUAAUCUGUUUACAGUCAAUAGAUGCACACUGUUGCUGCCUCCAGCCUGCUCUACCUGGUUUGUUACUACAUUCUCCAAAAAUGAUUUGAAAUAUGGCUUAAGAUUUAAUAUUUCAGAUUAUUUAGCUGGACUGUUUUUGUCUGGUAUUUCCCAGUUCAUAGUUCUGAGUGAAUUUUAUUUAUUUUUCCUUUCAAGCAGCAUAUGAACCUCUGCAAAUGAUUAAAUAUUGGCAUACAUAAUGUUUCUGCACCUCGACACUGUAGCAAAUAAUUAGGAGACAGAGCGAAUGACGGGAAUAAUAUUUCCCAGAAACCUCACUUAGCUUUUCAGUACUGGGAAAGAAUAGAAAACUGCUAAACUUUAACAAGUCAUGCCUAGUUAGAUGUGUUGUUUCCUCUCUGCCAUGUGAUGUCCAGCACUAAUUACUUUUUUAUCGCUUCCUGUGGAGGAAAGGAUCUAAAUAAAACAAAGUACACAGGGUUUGGAAAAGCAUGAAUUGGAGGACAAAAUAACAGGACAACAGGAAGUGAGACUCUCAUUUCUUUAGAUAGCAGGAGGCACAAAUCAGUCACAUGGAUUUGUUUAUUCUAGUCAUCAUGGUAUGGCAUUUUAUGAUCUAAUAAUACAGCUAACUUUAGUUUUCUCCUUGAAAUGCAUUAAGGAGAGCAAAACCUGGUGACAAUAUGUGACUUAAAACGAAGGAUUAAGUCGAAUUUCCUCCACUUGCACCAUUGUGGACAGAGAUGCGAUGUGUGCCGUGUGUUUGAGGCCACCACUCCCUUCACAUGCUCUAACCUCUUACAAACCCAGCUCACUUCCAUCACCCGAAAACCCACCUUCAUCAUGGCUCAGCCUGCACUGUUCUGCCAAUUUUCCUGACCUCUUGUCAAACAGACCUAAUCAAGCAUUGUUGAGCCAUCCUCCCUCACUGUGCCUGAUCCAUCCGAUACUAACUCAGCUGGAGUUUUGUUCACCUGUCCUCUACUCCCCUUCCCCAACCACCCGACUGUAUGUGUACCACUCACAGUGCGCUUACUAACACCGACGACCCUUUUUGUUAAAACAAUUUAACAAAAAGCUGCAUGCUUUUUUUUUUGUUUUAGUUUUAUUCCUUCCCCUCACUUUCUGUUUGUGAAAGUCGACGUCAGUCUCUUUGUGAUUAUAAAUAUCCUUUCUGUUUGGUUUGUAUGGUUUUUUUUUUUGUUUUUUUUUUUUGGAUAGAAUGCAGCAUUCUGGUGAAUGUUAGACAAGCUUGGAAUAGUUAUAAUCACAACAGAAAACACUGCUUAUAAAGAAAUGUCACUGUUUCUUGUUUAUAUGUGCUUGAGGAUGUACUAUAGUGUGUAGUGGUGGGAUGGUCUUGCAUUUCACUUUAAUGUUUUUGUUACCUCGCUUACCAAUACUAGUGAAAUAACAUGACUUGCUCAAUGGCCCUACAGUGUACUAAAAAAUGCUCUUGUGCAUGUUUUUGAAUGUCUCUCAAACUCCUUUUGCUCAUUAUCAGUUGUCAGAUCCAACCAAGAUUGUUGAUUAUAGGAAUCUUGAGCAGAAAUGUGAAAAUGUGUAUAGGUUACAGCAGAUUUCCAAAUUGUUGCUCAUUGUUGGUGUGAAAAUGGUUGGAAUCUGACAAGUCAUGAUGUAAAUGCAGGAAGCGUCCAAAAAUGUGCUCAACAGUCAUUUUGGUAUAUCUAAUGGGUUUCGAAGUACACUGUCGUCCUUUUCAUCUGCACACCCACUGAGCCCUUCACACAUGCAUAAUCAGUCCACUCUGGGCCUUGUAAUGGUAAUCCAAGGCCCAAAAGCUCCACUUCUGUCUGUUUCUUUUGCUCUAUUUUUGUGACAGCUGAAUGUCUCAUGGUGCUCCCCUUGUCAUGGUUACGGAAUCACAGCAAGCUUGGAGUUUCUGGUCUUCAUUUUGUUAUUGCUAGAUUUCCAUACCUGUUCCGUGUCGCUUUUCUUUGUGUACGAAGAUCCUGCGCUGUAGUGUGUCAUAUAUGUAUGCGUGCGAUACAUAUAUUGCCCUCUCCUUCCUCCUCCUCCUUCUAACUUCUUACAUAGUGGAUGUUAUUUGAUGUGUUUAUCUUGAUAAUAAAUGAUAGUUGUUUUUCUUUUUGCCUGAAAAACGUCUUUUUGUUUUUUUCAAAAUACACUCAUGAUGUAGGAGUAAACCCUGUAGGUUGCAGACCACAGAGACUCAUGCAUUUACUUAACAUAGAGGCAAUCUUACCCUUCAACUCAAGUCUCCCAGCCUUUUUAUCCCUCUCCCCAACUGCCCUAACACUCCUUAUGCUGGAGGACACUGAUUGUUACACGCUGUAGGUGAUGACAAUAAUGAUAAUGGUGAUGGUGGUGGUGGUUGUGCUUAUGAUGAUAGUGUGAUUUGAGUGUUUUGUAUGUCUUGAUGUUUUCAUCCAUGCCCACAGGGUAUAGCUCCUCUUAUUAUUGGAAUAUUUUUGGUUUUUUUCUCCUCUCUCCUCUCUGCCAGGAUAACAUCGGGCACCGGCUGCUUCAGAAACAUGGAUGGAAGUUGGGGCAAGGACUUGGCAAGGCCAUGCAGGGACGCACCGACCCUGUGCCCAUUGUUCUUAAAUAUGAUGUCAUGGGGAUGGGCCGAAUGGAGAUGGAGCUGGACUAUGCAGAGGAUGCCACAGAGAAGCGGAGAGUGCUUGAAGUGGAAAAAGAGGAUACAGAAGAGCUGCGGCAAAAAUACAAGGACCAGGUGGAAAAAGAGAAAGCUAUCGCAAAAGCUUUGGAAGACCUGAGGGCGAAUUUCUACUGCGAGCUUUGUGACAAGCAGUACACUAAACACCAGGAAUUUGACAACCACAUUAACUCGUACGACCAUGCCCACAAACAGAGGUUAAAAGAGCUAAAGCAGAGAGAGUUUGCUCGCAAUGUGUCCUCCCGCUCUCGGAAAGAUGGAAAGAAGCAAGAGAAGAUGCUGCGUCGACUGCAUGAGUUGGCUGAGCAGAGGAAACAGGACAAACAGAACCGCACUCCUGGAAGUGGCCCCAUGUUCAAAACAACCACAGUUGCUGUUGACGGUGAGAAAGAAGGAGAUGGGGAUGGCGUGCCACUUGAGAACCCCGUUUUUACAGAUUCCAUUAUUGAAGGUUCACCGUCAGAGAAAACUGGCCAAUCUUCCCCAAAGCCCAGCCCAACUUUAAAUUUUUCUCUGGGGAAGAACACAUCCACAUCCUCAUCUUCAUCUCCAACCCCUACUGGCGCAUCAAAAGUCAGUGUAUCAUUCUCUUUUGCAAAGAAAGCCCCAGUAAAGUUGGAGACGGCAGCGGCUGUGUUUGCUGAUCCUGGCGAGGAGGCUGUGGAGGAAGAGGAGAAUCAGGAAGGGGAAAAGGCUGGAGGACAAGAGGAGACAUCUGGCUGCAGCACAGAGAGUCCCAGAAGAGUACCUGAAGGAGAUGAAGGAGGGGAGAAAGGUGGUGCAGCUGGGGCAGAAGAUAUCCAGCAGCCUGAUGAUGGAGGCUCCUUGGCCUCAACUUUGAACAAACUUAAGAUGAUGAUGAAAAAGGAUGAAGGAUUUUGUGGACAAGAACCACAGUACUACCAUUACGUCCCACCAGCUCAUUGUCGUGUAAAGCCCAACUUCCAGUUUUUGUUGUUCAUGAAGGCUUCUGAGCAGUGCCAGAGCAAAGAUGAUGAGGAUGAAGAUGAAGUAGAGGAAGUUCAAAAAUCUGAAGAAAGCUCUGAUCCAACAGAGUCCAAAGAAACUGAGUGUAAAACUGAACAAGAACAAGGUGAGGAUGUGUCAGCAACUGAACCAGAACCAUCUCCUUUGUCGCCUAAGGUGAAGACGGAGGACAAGAUCUCUUCUUGUGAGCAAGAGACGGUUUCAACUGCUCCCACUUCUCCUACUCAGAAAGCAGAGAACACACAGAGCACACUCGAUACAAACACUGGUCCAAAAGUCCCAAUGGGUCCCUUCUUCCCCGUCCUGAGUAAAGAUGAAAGUACCACUUUACAGUGGCCUACGGAGCUUCUUGAAUUUACAAAAGCUCAGCCUUCACUAUCUUACAGCUGUAAUCCUCUCUACUUUGACUUUAAGCUUUCAAGAAAUAAAGGACUGCGUGGUGGGAAAUCAGCAAAGUCCCUCAAGCCUGGAGAAGAGGCUGAUGACAAAGGACAAGUUGUGGCUACUUCAACAGCUGAAGCCACUGAACCCGAACCUGAAGCAUGCACUGAUAAAGAGACGCCUGAGAUGAAGGAAAAUCCCAGCAAGCCAGGACCCGAUGAGCAAAAUCCCACGACUGCCAGUAGUAGCACGAAAAAGAAAAAGAAGAAGAAGAAGCAUAAGAAAUCGGGAAAGCAUUCAAAACGCAAAGGAAAAGAAAAAGAUGCAGCUGGUGAUGCAGAAGAGAAUAUGGAGGCAACGCAAGAAAAGCCUAAAAAGAAGAAGAAACACAAACGGAAAAAGAGCAAAAACAAAGCUCAAGAUCAAGAAGAGGUGGCAGGUGAUGACAAAGAAAAAGUUAAGCCAAAGUCAGAAGAUAAAGCUGCUGGUUCCUCUGUUCAGUCCACAGCUGGAAGAACAACAGGAGCAGAGCCAGGUAAAAGGAAACGCGCUGCAAAAGAAGUGCCUUCUAAAUCUGGAGCAGAACAAGGAGGAAGUGGAAAAAAUAACGACAAGAGCAACUCCUCAGAAGAUCACGGUAGCUCUAAAAGACAAAAAACGGACUCGAGCGGAUCGCAAAACGCGUCAUGUUCUACCUCUGCUCAGAAAAGUCCAGGUCACGGUAGACCACCCAGCAGCGAGAGUGAGGAGGAAGGUGGCUCCAACACCCAGCAUUCACGUCAUCACAGGUCCAGCCCACGAGAGCAGCGGCGCCACCACAGCGAAGAGUCCAGACGGUCCCACAGCCGCUCAUCAAGGCGGGGAGAACGACGCGGCAGCAGCCGGCGGCGGCAUCGUGGCCAAACCUCCCGCAGUCGCUCCUACUCCAGCAGUUCUGGGCGCUCCUCAGCAAGAAGUAGCGCCUACAGUCACCGCAGCCGCAGUUACUCCGACAGCUACAGUGACUACAGCACGGAAGGCCGCCGGCGGAGGCGCUCUAAACGUUCAUCUGACUCAGAGUAUGAGCGGCGGGGCAGUCGAGGUCGCAGGCGAUCCAGAAGACAUCAAUACUCCUCUUCAUCCUCGGACGAUUCCCGCUCUCGUUCUCGCAGCUACAGCAGGAGGAAGAGGCACCGGCGGCACCACCACAGCAGCUCGAGAAGCUCCAGCAGCUGGAGUCGCAGCACCAGCACAAGAUCCUGGAGGCGAAGCUAUAGCCGGAGCCGAAGCUCAGCGAGUCGCUCCUCCAGUUCCAACAAAGGCUCGCCUCACCGACGGAGCACCAGGGGUCGGGCAGACAGCGACACAAAUCGCAGAGACUUCAACCGCUCUCGGAUUUAUCGCUCGCAGUCUCCCCGCACGUCAUCGCGAAGCCUCAAUCGGAGCCACACAUCCACUUCCCAGACUUUGAGGCCAGUCGGGUCUCGUGAUGCAGGGGAACACAAGAACAUGCUCACAGCGCGGCAGCUGCUCGAGAGGGUUCAGUCCAAGAAAAGUUCAGAGGAUUCUGCCUCCGGAACGAAAUCUGGGAUUAAGAUUAAGGAUCCACCACAGGGUUACUUUGGUCCUAAAUUACCACCAGCCCUGGGAAGCAAAGCCAUGUUGCCCCUCUUUGGUAAGCUGCAAGCAGGGAAGAAACCUUCGAUUCCCCUAACGAGACCCGAUGAGGGAGAGAAAUCAGGAACGGGGAAGGGUUCUGAAGCGGAUGGAGAGGUUAUCCUAGUAGAACCUAUAAGGGAGUUCCCCCCUCCUCCACCACCUCCAGCGCCACCAGUGCAGAAGGUCGAGGAGGUGCAGCAGAACACAGCAACACAGGAAGAGACACAGCAGCAGUCAGCUACAGAAGAGCAAGUACACCAAGAACCACAGCCACUCUUUGAACAAGAUCCUUCCAUGAUUAUGCCCCAGUAUCAAGCAGAUCCAGGUCAAGACCCCUCCCAGAACCCCAUGAUGGAGUCCAUCAUGCCUGAAAUGCAACAACAGCAGCCGGUGCAUGGUUACCCCGUUUACCACCCCUCCAGUCUGGAGGAAGAUGGCAUCGAAGCGGAGGAGGAUGGCCUGGCGCCAUUGGAGAGUCAGCCAAUCACGUUCACGCCAGAGGAGAUGGAGAAGUACAGCAAGCUGCAACAGGCGGCGCAACAACACAUUCAGCAGCAGCUUCUGGCCAAGCAGGUCAAGGCCUUCCCCUCGGCUGCUGCUGCCGCCGCCGCCGCUGCUGCAGCAGCUGCUAACUUAGCCCCGGCGCCCCCUCCACCAGCCCUGCAGCAGAUCCACAUUCAGCAGCCAACCGUCUCUGUCGCCUCCGGCACAUCCAUCACGACUGUCCAACAUGCCAUCCUGCAGCACCACGCAGCCACCGCUGCUGCAAUGGGCAUCCACCCCGCACAUGCCCACCAUCCUCACCCUGCACAUGCUCAGCUAGCACAGGUGCAUCACAUUCCCCAGCACCACCUUACUCCCAUCUCCCUGUCCCCGUUAGGCCCCUCUCUUGGUCAUUCUUUGGGACACUCUCUGGGACAUGCGGGGCUUAUUCCUGCCCACCCAACAGCCUUCCUGUCCGGUCAGCCUAUUCAUAUUAUCCCUGCUUCUGCACUUCAUCACACACCCUUGGCUCUCCACCAUGUCCCGCACGCAGCCCUCUACCCAACACUAUUUGCACCUCGGCCGUCCCAGGCUGCUGCAGCGGCGGCUCUCCAGCUACACCCACUUCUGCACCCAAUAUUCUCAGGACAGGACCUCCAACACCCGCCUAACCAUGGCUCUUGAGUGACGAUGGAUACAAAACAGGAUGUAAUCACUUAGAACACUGACAGAGGUCUGCGACGAUCUUGAUUUAGGGAUGGGGAUGAAGUCUUUGCAUCAGUGUAUAGGAAGUCAGACAUGUUGUAAAAUCACAGUUUUACAAUCAGACUAAAGUGGUCAUUAUGUGUUGCAGCCUGUGUUGGUUAAAAAAGGUGACACUAGCAUUUUAAUAUUGGUUUGUUUGGAUUUUUAAUUUUUUUCUUUUUCACUCAUGUUUCCUGUUUUAAAGGCAGGUUCAUAGUUGUAACGAGACAUUCUGUUGAGAUUGUCUUAUAAACCAAUUGGGUCUGCAUUCUCAACCUCACUAACCACUGGAGUUUUUCUUUUGUUUUUUUGUUUUUCCUCAUUUAUGCGGUCAUAAUCUUUGCUAAGUUUGGCAUCCAAGGAGAUCCAUAAUGGUUGAGAUUAUAUAGAGGAUCAUGAUGAGACAGGACAUAGAUUUUGUUACAGAAACUAACAACUUCACCUCUGUUUUUGUGAUGGACUCAAUGAUGUGACACUUUUCCCCAUAUAACUACCUGCUCUUUAUUGAAUUCUUGGUCUCAAAAUAAUUUGUAUUGCUGUAGUUUGUACAUAUAUCAGUGUGUAAUGUGAAGAAGCCAGCUAUUGACUAUGAAAUAGCUAUGGUGUCUAAACUGGUUUGACGCUGUCACAAAAGAAGUCCUCUAAAUUUGCAGAAAUGUGGCAGAGGUUUGAACAUCUUAAUAUUCUGAGGCAAAACUCCUGUUUUCCCAUUGGAGGGUACGUGUGAAUGAAUUGCACUGAAAUCUGUACAUUGGGGUGGUGCUUGGGCAUCAUGUAACAAUAAGAUUGUAGUAUACUGCAAUAAUUGUAUUUUUAUUUUUAAAUUAUUUUCCAAAUGCUCUUCAGAAGAAGAGCUUUGUUUGGCUUUUUUCUGUAAUUUUGUAAAUAAAAAUGCUGUAGAUUAACCUAUUAACAUUCUGAAAAGGUUGACACUGCUGUUGGUAAAGCAGUUGAAUUACAAGUUAGUUACAACAUGGAUACGUGUUUUAUCAAGGUUGGUUCUUAAAAUGCUCCUGCUGAGGAUGGCUGGGAUCCCAGACAAGUUAUCUGUCAAAAAACAAAAGUUGUGACUCUUGUAUUUUUAAAAACAUAACUGUUUCAACAAAUAAAACUUUGAGUCCAUG